ACUCACGUCAUUUUGGAGCGAACAUUUUCGAAAUGUGACCUAAACGUGUGUUGGUGUGCUGGUCAAAAACACCCGAAACACUUCACGAAAUGUUUUGAAUAAAAAAAAGUUUAAAUUGCGACAUAAAAUUUGUUGCUGAGAGAUGGAGGGACUGGAGAUGUCAGCAAUGAUACCGGCUCUUCAGCAGCUAGCAAGUGCGAGUCCGGCUGAAUAUGAGCAGGCGGUGCAGAAGCCUCGACAGAUCCUUUGUCAGUUCAUUGACAAGAUUCUGACUGACGUGGAUGUUGUUGCUCUGGGGCUGAGUAAGAAAACAAGUUCAGAGCCAGCCUGUGUGAUGCUUCUGGACUUUGUGCAGCAUAUUAUCAAGUCAUCAUCUCUGAUGUUUACCAACCCUGCAUGCCAGCCUGUUGAAUAUCCCGACACCACACAGAGUUGUAUAGACUUCAGUAAGUGGGUGGCGGUGCGGUUGCUACGUGUGGCAGCAGCUCCAGAAUGUGACGUCAUCCACGGACGGGUCUCGGCUGUACUGUGCUCCUUACUGCACACUCUGAGAGUCAGAAUUUCUUCCAUCUACAGCUGUCUCAUAGAAGAACUUAUUGCUUUGGCACAAGACCUAAGUAACAUCCUUUACACACAUGUUGCUUCACUGGGAGGACAGGAAUACGCUUUGGGCAUUUGCACCCGCCGAUGGCCAGCAACGCUCAAGUGCCUCUGUCUCUCCCCUCUGUGUACGUCCACCUACCUCACUCCUUCCCCUCUCAUAUUGUCCUCACCAGCAGCCUUGGAGUCGCUAACCAGUGUGACACUGGGUGUCAUAAGUGACACCCUGAGGGGUGUGGUCUACCGUCAUGAUCUGAAUGUAGCCUGGGAAGCAGCUUGCUCAAUCCUGGCCAAUGGCAACACCAAGCUGAGGAAGCUCUCCAUGGUGAUACUGAGGCGAUUGAUGGAACUUGAAGGGUUUCCUGAGAGACAGGGUUAUGAAUUCUUCAUGGCUUUCAUGCAUUUGUUGGAAACACACACAUACAUGGCAAAGACACAGGAUGAGCAACGGCCUUAUGACGGGGAGCUGCUAAAUCUGACCCGCUGUCUUUUUCAGCUGUCUGGUGUCUCUCAGAGACAGUUUGAGCCCAUCUACCUGUCGCAGCUUUUUGAGAGCAUCUGUACUCUGGGAACGGCAGGGGUCAAGUUGGGGACAGAGGUUACAGAAUCCCUCUGCUUGAUGUUCAGUUUUCUGCUGUCUGUUGCCCCGGGUUACGAGAGUCCAGCCUCGCUAAGGAUGCAGAGAGUCACAGAGGUCUGCAGAACUCUGGUGCUCACCGUUGGAACAGAGAAACAGGCUGAUUGUGCAGAAGGCUUUCUUCAGGCUGCACUGAAGGCUGAGGCUGAUCUGGUGAUGCAGAGGUCAGGGGACACAGAGUCAGCUGCCAAAAGACCCUUAACACCUGGAACUGCUUCAGUCAAAAAUACGGCAAAAACAUCGCCAGUUGAGGUGGACAUGCGAGUUCGGAGUGAGGUUUGGGCUGUGGUUAACAGUCGGCUGGAGGAGCUGCUGACUUUUUUAAACCCAGACUUCAGCCAGGCAGAGACUGCACAGACCCUCACUACUCUGAAGGGUCUGGCUCUCAUCCUCCAUCUGGCAGCCCUCUGCUCCUCUCCCACAAGUCUAUUGCCUCUCCUCUGGGUUGCCAUGGAGACUCUGUGCAGGGUCCCGAAAAGCUGCCAGUCAGUGUUAGAAGGUGGUGCUAAACCAAUCUCUGACCGGAAUUACUUUAAAUCUGCUGUCCAGAUAACUAUCGAGAUUCUUGACUCUGUCGUCUACCUGACUGUGAGCGGGCAGAAUGAGGACAGCCUUCAGAAUCACCUGUGUGUUCUGCUGUCUCUUCCCUGGGUGUGCGAGCACAAGUUUGUCUCUGCCUAUAAGAGUUCAGGAUUCCCUUCUUGGCUGCCUGACUUGGGUCAGAGACUCAGUUUCUGCUACUCGCCUGAGGUCCAGGCGAGCUGUGUGUCACUGUUGGCACUUCUGCCUUGUGGUGUGUUUGAGACAUGGCGCGUCUGUGUCUUUUCCACGGUGCUACAGAGUCAGGACGAGUUGGUGAGAGCAGUGGCGGUUAGAACUUUCCCUCUUCUCCUUCACCACCUGGCAAAGACCCACCACCAACGCCUCAGCACGACUCUGCUGUCCAGACUGGAAGACAGUUCGGAGAAUGUGAAGAAGGAGCUUGCCAGAAUCAUUGGUCAGCUGAGCUGUAUCAUGUCAGAACUCUCCCAGCUCACUGUCACCCACACAGUCCACACUGCUCUUCCUAAGAUCCUUUGCCUUCGCCUUACCCUUGUAGCUGAGCAUGCUGGGAAAGCAGAGGCGUCUCUCAGGGCAUCUGUUGUCAAACCCUUCCUGCCACUGCUCAGACAGCAGGGUGCAAGUUGUGUUAAACGAGCUUUUCUGGAAGCUCUGCCUCACCUGUGCCAACAUGUAAAUCUGACUGAUGGAGAUUGCGAGUUGCAGGCAGUUCUCUGUGCUCUGAUCGGUCUGAUGGAGGACUCAGAUCCUGAUGUCAGAAUUUGCUUCAGCCAAUCAGUGCGUUUUCUGCUGCCAGAGCCCAGCAGAAGUUUUGAGCAGGGCACUCUCAAUGAGCUGCUGGUUGCACGUCUUAAGGAGGCAUUUAACAAUGCUAAACUCAGGAGGGAUGACAACCUGCGCAAUAGUCUCAUCCUCACAACAGGAGAGAUUGGCAGAGCAUCACAGGGUAGCUUGGUAUCAUUCUCUCUGCUGCGGCUCCUCCACUGUUUGCUGUCCAAGUCGUCCCCGGUGUCUGUAGCUGCCUACACUCAAAUCAGAGCCCUCGCCUCCGCCAAAGGCCUUAAACUGCAGACUCUCUUCAGUCAGUACAAGAACCCUAUUUGCCAGUUUCUGGUAGAGUCUCUGCACUCUCGGCAUGUAUCCGCACUCCGGAGCAUGCCUGAUCACAGCAAUGAAUCAGCCAAUCAGAGAGAGUUGGCCCUGGACAUCCUGGCUCAGAUUGCCCAUGCUUUUGACUUCCCAGACCUGCACCGUUUUCUCACUCGGACCCUCCAGGUGCUUUUGCCCUACUUGGCAGCCAAGGCGAGCCCUACCGGCUCCGCCCUGAUACGCACAUUGGCAACUGAGCUGAAGGCGAACAGGAGAGAGAUCUUGAUCAACAACUUCAAGUACAUCUUCAGCCAUCUGGUCUGCUCCUGCACAAAGGAGGAGCUGGAAAAGGCCUUCCACUACCUACAGAGUGAGACGGAGAUUGAGUUGGGCUCUCUGCUGAGACAAGACUUCCAGGGUCUCCAUAAUGAGCUGCUGCUCCGCUUGGGGGAACACUACCAGCAGGUAUUCAAUGGCCUAGCCAUCUUGGCUUCAUUUGCUUCCAGUGAUGAUCCAUAUCAAGGCCCACGAGACAUCACAACGCCAGAUCGCAUGGCAGACUACUUGCAGCCAAAGCUGCUGGGAAUUCUGGCUUUCUUCAAUAUGCAGCUGCUCAGCUCCAGUGCUGGAGAAAAGGACCGCAAGAAGCUGGUAUUAAUGAGUGUGGUGGCUCUCAUGCGACUGAUGGGCUCCAAACACAUCAGCUCAGUCAGAGUGAAGAUGAUGACAACACUCCGCACCGGUCUCCGAUAUAGAGAGGACUUCCCUCUGCUCUGCUGCCAGACAUGGGACUGUUUUGUGAGGAGCGUGGAGCCCGCCCAUUUGGGCCCUCUACUGAGCCAUGUGGUAGUUGCACUCCUACCCCUGGUACCUCUGCAGCCCAAAGAAACUGCUGCCAUUAUUCGUUUUCUUAUAUUGGACAACAGGCAAGAGAUUAAUGACUACCUCCAUGAGAUUUACUUUCUUCCAGACCACCCUGAGCUGAAGGACAUCCACACUGUUCUGCAAAACUACAAGCUCACAGCCAGCAGCAGUGAUCUGGCUGCAGCUCUGCAGCUUUCCAUGAGGGCCGUUCAGCACGAGAACGUUGACGUCAGAAUCCAUGCUUUGACCAGUCUCAGGGACAUGAUGCACAGCAACCAGGAGUGGCUGCUACGGCAGGUUUGUGCGAGUGAAGCGGUAGAGCCUGUCAUCUCUAACCUGGUGGCGGUGCUGCUGAAGGGCUGUCAAGACUCCUCCCCUGUGGCCAGGCUCCUCUGUGGGGAGUGUUUGGGGGAACUGGGUGCUGUGGACCCGGGACGUCUGGACCUGUCACACACACACACUCACGGAAACCACAGCACCUUUGUGAGUGGGGUUGAUGAUGCUAACUUUGCCUAUGAUCUGCUGACUGAACUGACCAGAACGUUUCUGGCUUACGCUGAUGACGUGAGAGCGCAGGACUCUGCUGCUUACGCAAUCCAGGAGUUACUGUCUAUUUUUGAAUGCCGUGAGGGUCGCAGUGACUCUCUAGGGCACCGUCUGUGGAGGAGAUUCCCUGAACAAAUACAAGAAAUCCUGGAACCUCACCUCAACAGCAGGUAUAAAAGCAGUCAGAAAGAGGUGAACUGGUCGAAACUGAAGAAACCAAUCUAUCUAAGCAACAGAGGCAGCAAGUUCUCUGACUGGUCAGCCACCUGGGCUGGAUACCUCAUCAGCAAGGUGAGACACGGGCUGGCUAGCAAGGUGUUCACUUGCUGUAGUUUCAUCAUCAAACAUGACUAUAAAGUCACAAUUUACUUGCUGCCUCAUAUUUUGCUAUACAUGCUGCUGGGCUGCACAGCUGGAGAACAACAGGAGGUAACGGAGGAGAUGCUGGCUGUGUUGACAGAGGGUGACAGACAGAGAGGGAGGUGUGUCCAGGAGACGGCCUCCAGCCUGUCACAGCUAAGCACUCAGACAGUGUUUAGCAUGUUGUCUCAUCUCACACAGUGGAGCCGCCACAUCCUCUACUCCAAAUCCAAACAAAAUGAGAGUGGGGACUAUCAGCGUGUGGUGGCUUUCCUGAAGGGUAUUCCACAAGACGUUCUGGCAAAGGCCUCUCUGCGCUCCAAAGCAUACACUCGUGCACUCAUGCACUUUGAAGCUUACAUCCUAGAGAAUAAAGAGAACAUCCAGGACCAUCUCACUUUCCUACAAACAUUGUAUGCAGCCAUGCAUGAACCUGACGGCGUGAGAGGGGUCAACGCUCUGAGGAGGGAGGAACCAUCUCUGCGUGAACAAAUACUCGAACACGAGAGCAUUGGCCUGCUCCGAGAUGCAACCGCCUGCUACGAUCGUGCCAUACAACUGGAGUCUGACCAGAUUGGUCACUAUCAUGGAGUGAUGACCUCAAUGCUUGGACUGGGACAGCUGUCCACAGUAAUUACCCAGGUCAAUGGGGUAAUAGCCAACAAGCACCAGUGGACGUCGGAGCUGAACACCUACAGAGUGGAAGCAGCAUGGAAGCUUGGGAAAUGGGAUCUGCUGGAGGAGUAUUUAAGUUCAGACAGUCACUCCAGUACUUGGGGAGUGCGGCUGGGCCAGUUACUGCUGGCAGGGAAGAAACGUGAUGCUGAAACUUUUUAUGAGAAGCUGAAGCUGGUGAGGGAGGAACAAGUCGUCCCUCUGUCGGCUGCCAGCUAUGAGUACGGAACCUACCAGAGGGGAUACGAGUACAUCAUCAGGCUGCACAUGCUUAGUGAACUGGAGCACACUUUUACCGAACUGCAGAAACAGAGCGAAGGCUCCACCCCCAGUCUCAGCCAGCUGCCUCUCCAUUGGUCAGAGCGACUGGAGAUGACGCAGAAUUCUUUUAGGGCCAAAGAACCAAUCUUGGCUCUCCGUCGUGCACUGUUCAGCCUGGGAUCACAGCCCAGGUGUCAGCAGCUGGUGGGUGAAUGCUGGCUGCAGAGCGCUCGGGUGGCCCGAAAGGCAGGACACCACCAAACAGCUUUCAAUGCUCUUCUCAAUGCAGAGAACACACAUCUGGCUGAACUGUUCACUGAAAAGGCUAAGUGGCUUUGGUCUAAGGGUGAUGUGCACCAGGCCCUAAUCGUCCUGCAGAAAGGGGUGGCUCAGUGUUUCCCUGAUAAUCAGCCUUUGAAAGCCCCUCGUGACCUGCAGACGAAAGGCAAGGCCAUGUUGCUGGUGGGACGCUUCAUGGAGGAAACGGCCAACUUUGAAUCCAAUGCUAUCAUGAAGGCGUACAAGGAUGUGACCAACCUUCUGCCCGAGUGGGAGGAUGGGAACUUCUACCUGGCCAAGUACUACGAUAAAGUAAUGCCAAUGGUGACUGACAACAAACUGGAGAAACAAGGCAACCUUAUUCGAUACAUCGUCACAUACUUUGGAAAAGCUUUACAAUUCGGAAAUCUGUACAUCUACCAGGCUAUGCCUCGCAUGCUGUCUCUCUGGCUGGAUUUUGGAGCCAAAGUGUGUGAGUGUGAGAAAGCUGGGCGAGCAGACAGGCAGAUGCGUUUGGAGCUGAGUAAAAUCAACACGACAAUGAGCGAACAUUGUGACAACUUGGCGCCAUACCAGUUCUUGACUGCGUUUUCCCAGCUCAUCUCCAGAGUGUGUCACUCCAGCGACGAGGUCUUCAAUGUACUCAUGAACAUCGUGGCCAAAGUCUUCCUCGCGUACCCUCAGCAGGCUAUGUGGCUCAUGACAGCUGUGUCCAAGUCAUCCUACCCGAUGCGUAUGAACCGGUGUAAUCAGAUCCUUAAGAAGGCCAUGAAUCUCAAGAAGUCUCUGGAGAAAUUUAUUGGAGAUGCUACCAGGCUGACAGACAAGCUGUUGGAGCUCUGCAACAAGCCGGCUGAUGGCAACAGCAUCAUCCUCAGCAUGAGCGUUCACUUUAAACAGCUCAAACGCUUGGUGGAGGAGUCGACCUUUAGCCAGAUCCUGAUCCCGCUGCAGUCUGUCCUCAUCCCAACACUGCCCUCUACUGGUGGGACAAACACCCAGCAUGAUGCUUUCCCCCGGCACUGGGCCUACCUGGACAGCUUUGAAGAAACUGUGGAAGUCUUGCCCUCCUUGCAAAAGCCUAAGAAGAUAAGCCUGAAGGGUUCGGAUGGGCAGAGCUACACCAUGAUGUGUAAACCGAAAGAUGACCUGAGGAAGGACUGCAGACUGAUGGAGUUCAACUGCCUCAUCAAUAAGUGCCUACGUAAAGAUGCCGAGUCAAGGCGGAGGGAGCUACAUAUCCGUACCUAUGCUGUGAUACCUCUAAACGAGGAGUGUGGCAUCAUCGAGUGGGUCAACAACACCGCCGGACUGCGACACAUUCUCACCAAGCUUUACAAGGAGAGAGGCAUCUACCUGUCAGGUAAAGAGCUGAGAAAACUGAUUCUUCCAAAGACUGCUGCUUUUGAGGAGAAGCUACGAAUGCACAAAGACGUGCUGUGUGCUCAGCAUCCCCCAGUCUUCUAUGAGUGGUUCCUCCGAACCUUCCCUGACCCCACGUCAUGGUAUAGCAGUCGUUCUGCUUACUGCCGCUCGACCGCUGUGAUGUCCAUGGUGGGCUAUAUCUUGGGUCUGGGAGAUCGCCACGGAGAAAACAUCCUCUUUGACUCGCUGACUGGGGAGUGCGUUCACGUUGACUUCAACUGCCUCUUCAACAAGGGGGAGACAUUUGAUGUACCUGAGGUGGUUCCCUUCCGUCUGACCCAGAACAUGGUCCACGCUAUGGGACCCAUGGGUACUGAGGGACUCUUCAGACAGGCAUGUGAGGUUACCCUGAGACUGAUGAGGGACCAGAGAGAGCCGCUCAUGAGUGUUCUGAAGACAUUCCUUCAUGAUCCACUGGUGGAAUGGAGCAAACAAGCCAAAGGCCUUUGCAAAGCUCAGGCCAACGAGACCGGAGAGAUCGUUAAUGAGAAGGCUAAAACCCACGUGUGUGACAUCGAGCAACGUCUCCAGGGAGUGAUAAAGAGCAGGAAUAAAGUGCUGGGCCUGCCUCUGUCUAUAGAAGGACAUGUGCACUACCUCAUACAGGAAGCCACUGAUGACAAAUUGCUCUGUGAGAUGUAUGUGGGCUGGGGGCCCUAUCUGUGAAAUGCACAUAACUGAACUUUACACAAUUACAACCCUCAAAACGCACUUUGAAGUCAUUCCUGGAGAAUAUAAGAGGGUUCCCUCUGAUCUGGUAUCCAAAACAACGUUACACGUUCUUAUGUUGCUCCACUCAAAAGUUAACUGUGCCAGAACUUUUCUGGACAAACGGUUUCAUCCAAAUAAAUAAGAAAGCAUAAUCAUUCCUUACACAGAUAACGGUUUAGUGAAAAGUUCAUUAUAAUGCCUUUUUUGUUGUUCUGUUAACACAGUUGCUUCCAGUUUUAUGGAAAAAAUAUUUGUAGCAUUGUUAACAAAAAAACUGUAAUAAAGGAAGUGUUUUGAUUUUGGUAAACGUG